AUGUGAUGACUAAGACAGGCAGAGUGGAAAAUCCAGCAGUGAGCCACACACACUCAUAGUGAAAGGAGGGGCUAUUCAACUUCCUGAUACUACAGGAAAUGAUGCAAACUGUGGUUUGUGUAAUUAAUGAGUUAAUAAUGCUGGCAAACACACCUGCUAUCAGUGCUGCUGGUAUUAUAUAUAUACACAACAGGCAGCAUCCGAUGCUAAACAAGGACACUGAAGGUCAAUAUUAGUCAGGAAUGUCUGGUUAUUAUAGGCUUGUUUUAUAACCCUGCUUAUUAAGAGCUCAGUGAACAGGAAGAAUCCAUACAGCAUCACCCUGGACCAGUGACAUCUAGAAUCAGUGUCAAGUCAAUCUGUUUGUUCAGUCGGGACGCAAGCAAAACUGUUUGAAGUCUACUCGUUCCAACGGAGAAUACCGUCUCAAUUCAGAUCCACAUCACACAUUUACGCUUUAACAACUCACAGACUCUGGCACAAACAUCUUUCGAUUAAUAAAAGAUGAAUCAUUGUUUCUUUGGCCGUCUGAGAUUGAAGUAUGGAACAGUUAGGAUGAUUUUUUUCAGUAGUAUUAAAGCACACCAUUUGGACCCAGAAACAAUGGCUUGUGACGACGGCAGAUUUCAUCCAUUUAUUAACUUUUUACAGUCAUUCACAUUGAUCUGAAUUAGCUUCAACACAUAUCUACAAUAACUGGUUUAGUAAGAGUAUAACAAAGCCUAGUUCCUUCACUCAUCAGAAACAGCGGCACUGUCGGCAGUACAGUAGUGUUUACUGUAGAUCACAUUACAGUGCUGGGCAAAAAUAGGAAUGGGACGCCAUGCCAUAAGAAGCACUGGACUAACUGGGAUCGUAGCAGUUUGAAACGCGAGAGGCGAGGUGUGGAGGUCAGCAGGACUCAUAUCUACUGCAGUCCAUGAGGACAAACUGGUGAUUCACUGCAGCAAAGAGCAACUGAGGUAUAAUGCAGUUUACACACAAAUCAUGAAGACUGAGAACCAGACUUCAAAAAUCUGACAACGCACAAGUGUCAAGGUGAAGGUGUGUGAACUCACCUGCUCUCCUCGACGGCCCCCCGCUGCUCCCACUGCCCAUGUUGACCGCUGCUCACUGACCGCUGCUCACCUGCUGUGUGUCCUCGUGCCUCUCGCCCAAACCCAAAGCUGUGAGGAGACAGCGUUGUGUCUCGUGAGUCACGCAGCCGAAGACGAGCCGGAUAACAUCUUAUCUCUCAUCAGGUCAUGUGUACAGCGAGGCUCUUAACGAGCUGUAGGUCACAUGACUCUCUCUGCUGGCUCUCACUGAGCAUGCUCAGUUCACUCACGGUGUUGUCAGGCAAAAGAGAAGACAGCAGUGGAACAGAGGAGAUCUGCGACAGAUAAACACAGACACAGACACAGACAGAGAGAGAGAGAGAGAGAGAGAGAGCAGGAGAGGGCUUCUGCUGUGUACUGGAUGGUCUGUGUGUGCCGUGUCUCUUGAUGUAUUGUGUUCUCCAUCCUCUGUGUGUCGUGUCGGAGGAGAAGCGUCCGUCUGAAGAAAGCUCAGAGCUGACGUCUCCUGUCGUCGCAGAGCGACUGUUGUUUUGCUGAAAUGGAUCAGAAAAGCUUCACCCUGUCAGAGAUGCGUCUGUGAACACCAGAGCCGAUGGAGGUCAAAGGUCAGGGCUGGACGGAUGAAGAAUCAGAUGGAGAGAAUGAACCGGAGCAGUUUGUGUACGGGAUUCAGGGGAGCUGUGCAGCUGACCUGUACCGUCACCCACAGCUGGACGCCGACAUCGAAGCAGUAAAAGACAUUUACACGGACAGCGCUGUGUCCAUCAGAGAGUACGGCUCCAUCGAUGACGUGGACAUCGACCUGCAGAUCAACAUCAGCUUCUUGGAUGAGGAGGUGGCGACCGCGUGGAAGGUGAUCCGAACCGAGCCCAUCGUCUUACGCCUUCGUUUCUCUCUUUCACAGUACCUGGAUGGACCAGAACCAUCUGUGGAGGUGUUUCAGCCGUCCACUAAAGAAGGCUUCAGUUUGGGUCUCCAGCUAAAGAAGAUCCUCAGUACGUUCACGUCGCAGCAGUGGAAGCACCUCAGUAAUGAGUUCCUCAAAGCCCAGCAGGAGAAGAGGCACAGCUGGUUCAAAGCCGGAGGAACCAUCAAGAAAUUCCGUGCAGGAUUGAGCAUCUUCUCCCCGAUUCCCAAGUCUCCCAGUUUCCCCCUGAUCCAGGACUCGGUGUUGAAAGGCAAACUGAACGUGCCCGAGCUCAGAGUCCCCCGGCUCAUGAACCGCUCCGUCUCCUGUACCAUGAAGAACCCCAAGGGGGAGCUGUUUAGUUAUCCUCCGAACAGCCAGACUGUGGCUGUCCCGGCGGGCAGGGCCCCUGCGCAGAUUACCACCCGCCAGCUGAUUGAGUUGUUUUUCUCAUCCCAGGCGGGCGGACACUGCAAGAACAUCCCCACGCUGGAGUACGGCUUCCUCGUGCAGAUCAUGAAAUACUCUGAGCAGCGGAUCCCUACUCUGAACGAGUACUGCGUGGUGUGUGACGAGCAGCACGUCUUCCAGAACGGAUCCAUGCUGAAGCCUGCGGUCUGCACGAGAGAGCUGUGUGUGUUUUCCUUCUACACGCUGGGAGUGAUGUCCGGAGCGGCCGAGGAGGUGGCCACCGGCGCUGAGGUGGUGGAUCUGCUGGUGGCCAUGUGUCGCGCCGCUCUCGAGUCGCCGCGUAAAAGCAUCAUCUUUGAGCCGUAUCCGUCUGUGGUCGACCCCAGUGACCCCAAAACACUCGCCUUCAACCCGAAGAAGAAGAAUUAUGAGCGUCUGCAGAAAGCUUUAGACAGUGUGAUGUCUAUUCGGGAAAUGACACAGGGCUCAUAUCUGGAGAUUAAGAAGCAGAUGGAUAAACUGGAUCCUCUGGCUCAUCCGUUAUUGCAGUGGAUUAUAUCCAGUAAUCGCUCUCAUAUUGUGAAGCUGCCGCUCAGUAGGCAGCUGAAGUUCAUGCACACGUCUCAUCAGUUUCUGCUGCUGAGCAGCCCGCCAGCAAAAGAAGCUCGAUUUCGCACCGCAAAGAAACUCUACGGCAGCACCUUCGCCUUCCAUGGCUCGCAUAUUGAGAACUGGCACUCAGUUCUGAGAAAUGGACUGGUCAAUGCAUCUUAUACUAAACUGCAGCUGCAUGGAGCAGCGUACGGGAAGGGCAUCUAUCUGAGCCCCAUUUCCAGUAUUUCCUUUGGAUACUCAGGAAUGGGGAAGGGGCAGCAUCGCAUGCCCACUAAAGAUGAGUUAGUCCAGCGAUAUAAUCGAAUGAACACCAUGCCACAGAGUCGUCCCAUUCACUCACGCUUCCUCCAGAGCAGGAACUUAAACUGCAUCGCUCUCUGUGAAGUGAUCACGUCUAAAGACCUGCAGAAGCAUGGGAACAUCUGGGUGUGUCCGGUGUCUGACCACGUCUGCACACGCUUCUUCUUCGUGUACGAGGACGGUCAGGUGGGAGAUGCUAACAUUAACACACAGGAGCCUAAGAUCCAGAAGGAGAUCAUGCGUGUGAUCGGCACCCAGAUCUACUCCAGCUGAAGGAGGACUUUCCUGAGAGCGACACGUUUAAGGGAUAAGCCCCGCCCACAACCCUUCGACUUCCCACAGAGCCGCUGUCAAUCAAAAUCAGCCUGGCGCCUGAUUGGACGAGACGGUUGGCCAAUGAACUCGCAGGAGCGUGAAGUCGCACCUGUUGCUCGUUUGAUCCUCUUCAUAUCAGUUCGAUGGAUCUAUACACAUACAAACAAGAACGUCGUUUAAAAAUGUUUAUUAUUGGAUGUAAAUGAUGAAUCUGUGUUCGUAUCUUCUUCAUCUGUCUGCUCCGCUGCUCUUUCUGACUGAUGACAUUUAUUAAUAUCCCAGAUGUAUUUAUCUAGGAGUCUCCUGCUGGAAACAAUUUCCUGUCGUUCGUUGAUUAAUCACCCGACAGAUCACGGAUGAGAGGACGUCGUUACUCACGUUUAGACUUUUCUCUUUUACGUGACGCCGUUUUGAUGCCGUCAUCAGGCUUUAUUUGCAUUCUCAGACAUUCCCAGGGCUUGUGGGUAAUUUUUCACAAACCCUGCAGAGGGAAGAUGUACAGCUGCAGUCAAACAUUUGGA